GCGAGUUAGUGCGGUGUCCGCUCGCUCCACUCCGGGUUCAGUGCGGCCGGGCCCGCGUAGGGGCGGGGGGCAGGCGGAGGUGCGGCGGGACCCGGGCCGCUGCCUUCGCAGCGUGCUCCAUGCAUCCGGAGCCCGCCCCGCCCCCGAGCACCAGCCACCCCGAGCUUCCCCUCAGCGGCAGCAACUCCACCAGCGGCAGCCGUCGGAGCCGCCGCCGCAGCGGGGACGGGGAGCUCCCGGGGGCCCCGCCGCCGCCGCACGCCGUCACCUACCCGGACUGGAUCGGCCAGAGUUACUCGGAGGUGAUGAGUCUCAACGAGCACUCGAUGCAGGCGCUGUCCUGGCGCAAGCUCUACCUGAGUCGCGCCAAGCUCAAAGCCUCCAGCCGGACCUCGGCUCUGCUCUCCGGCUUCGCCAUGGUGGCAAUGGUGGAGGUGCAGCUGGACGCCGAACAUGACUAUCCACCAGGGCUGCUCAUUGUCUUUAGUGCCUGCACCACGGUGCUGGUGGCCGUGCACCUGUUUGCGCUUAUGAUCAGCACCUGCAUCCUGCCCAACAUCGAGGCGGUGAGCAACGUACACAACCUCAACUCCGUCAAGGAGUCACCACAUGAGCGCAUGCACCGCCACAUUGAGCUGGCCUGGGCCUUCUCCACCGUUAUUGGGACACUGCUCUUCCUGGCUGAGGUCGUAUUGCUCUGCUGGGUCAAGUUCUUACCCCUCAAGAAGCAGCCAGGCCAGCCGAGCCCCACUAGCAAGCCUUCAGCCAACCCUGGCUACAAUAAUAACAGCAGUGGUGGCAUCACCCCAGGCCAGGCAGCAGCCAUCGCCUCCACUGCUAUCAUGGUCCCCUGUGGCCUGGUCUUUAUUGUCUUUGCAGUCCACUUCUACCGAUCACUGGUCAGCCAUAAGACGGACCGACAGUUCCAGGAGCUCAAUGAGCUGGCCGAGUUUGCCCGAUUGCAGGACCAGCUGGACCACAGAGGGGACCACCCCCUGACCCCUGGGAGCCACUAUGCCUAAUUCUUCACACCACUGAGCCCUUCAGAGCUUUGGCCUAUGUCCUUCCUUAUGACCCUGUCCUGUCAGCCCAGAGGACAGCCUGUGCAGGGGGCUGGGCUGGGCAGAGUGGAGGGAAGACGCUUUUUAUAAAAGAAAUGGUUGCACUUUGAGACUUUUCUGCCAAGAAAAUAAGCACUCCCUGUUCUUCCAGCCAUGGGUCUCCCCGCGGGGGGG